GAAAUACAUAUAAGUCUGGCGACGUGAAUGGUAAUGAUGGAAAAGGCAACCCUGUGGAAGACUAUCUUUAUGCUCAUUUCAUUAGCGGCAGUAGCUUUUUCUACUGCACCACCAUUACCUUUAAACAACCAGCAAGAACAAAUGGUCAAUGAGUUAAUAAAUAGGACAUUGGGAUCCCAUAAAUCCGCCUUCAUUGUAUCUAUCGAUUCGAAUAUGCCAUUCCGUUCAUAUGCCAUAGAGACAACAAAGGCAAAAGUUCACAUACAGGCAUACGACGGAAUAUCUGCUGCAAAAGGAUUUCAUUAUUAUCUUCAACAUUUCUUAAAUAAGAGUGUCUACUGGUACAACGAUCGAGUGGAAAUCAACGACUUUGAAAUCGUGCCAAAUAUAUCGAUAUCAUCCAAAUGCGAAAGUCCAUUCAUAUAUUACCAAAAUGUUUGUGCAUGGGGAUAUAGCUAUGUCUGGUGGAGUUGGACUACUUGGAUUAAACACAUAGAUUGGAUGGCAAUGAUGGGUGUUAGCCUAACAAUAGCUCCCAUACAGGAGCAACUGUGGCAUGAAACAUAUUUAGAACUUGGACUGACGGAGCAAGAAAUCAACGAGCACAUGUCUGGGCCGGCAUUUCUGCCUUGGCUUCGUAUGGGCAAUAUUCGUGGUUGGGCCGGGCCAAUGCCAUCAACUCUUCGAAAAUUGCAAAUGAUACUUCAAAGAAAAAUCAUCGAAAGACAAAGGGCGUUUGGCAUGAAAGUUGCUGUUCCAUCAUUUUCUGGUUAUGUGCCAAUUGCUAUGAAAAGGAUUUUUCCCAACGUUUCAUUCAUUGUAGCUGAUACAUGGAACAGAUUUCCAAGUCCAUAUUGUUGCAGCCUGUUUUUAAACCCAUUUGAACCAUUGUUUAAAUCAAUAUCACAGGUUUUUCUGCGCAAGGUAAUAAGAAGUUACGGUAGUGACGGACUGUAUUUUGCUGAUCCAUUUAACGAAAUGCAGCCACAACAUUCCGACGCCAACUAUUUACACGAGACUUCCAAACAUAUAUUUUAUUCAAUGUAUAGCGUGGACAGACGUGCUAUAUGGCUGAUGCAAGGAUGGAUGUUUGCAUCGGACAGCAUUUUUUGGACAAAUGACAAGAUCAAAACAUUUCUAACUGCAGUGCCCAAAGGUCGUUUACUGAUAUUGGACUUACAGAGUGAGCAGUUCCCCCAAUAUGAAGUAACACAAUCGUAUUAUGGACAGCCCUUUAUUUGGUGUAUGCUACAUAACUUUGGAGGCACGUUGGGAAUGCACGGAACAGCAGAUGGCGUUAAUGAAGGAAUACGAAAAGCUAGGACUAUGGUGAAUAGCACAAUGGUUGGUGUUGGCAUAACACCAGAAGGUAUUAAUCAAAAUUAUGUCAUGUAUGCGCUGGCGUUAGAGCGUGCUUGGCAAAGAGACGAUUUCAAUUUGACAAUUUGGUUUAAUACGUAUUGUAACCUAAGGUAUGGCAUUGUUGACUCCAAAUUACAUGGAGCCUGGCAGUUGCUUAGGAAUUCUGUAUACUCCUAUAGGGGUUUGGAAAAGAUCCACGGCAAAUACAUGAUUGCCCGACGACCUUCUAUACGUUUGAAAGCCACAAUAUGGUAUAAUAUUUCCGAUAUAUACAACGCAGGCUCCAGAAUGCUUGAAACUAAUUCUAGUAUACCUACUAACUACUAUUAUGAAUACCGUCAUGAUUUGGUAGAUGUAACCAGACAAUUUCUGCAAGUGCUAUUCGAACAAAUGUAUAUGGGACUUAUGAAGGCGUACAAAACAAAAAAUUCACUACAAUUUGAAUGUUUCGUUAUUACAAUGCAGGACAUAUUGUCAGAUAUGGAGAAAAUUUUGGCCACACAUCAAAACUUCCUUUUGGGCCCAUGGAUCGAGGAGGCAAAAAAAUGGUCUACAAAUUCCAAUGAAAAGGAGUUGUACGAAUUUAAUGCUCGCAACCAGAUAACGCUUUGGGGUCCUACAGGUGAAAUUGUAGACUAUGCCACUAAGCAAUGGUCUGGGAUAGUCCAAGACUUUUUCCAGCCCAGAUGGAAACUUUUCCUAGAUAACUUGCGCAUUAGUCUGUAUGAGAAUCUGCCAUUCAACUCAACUACCUUUUCUUAUAACGUAUUUCAAUUAAUUGAAUAUCCAUUCAAUUACCAGAAAAAGAUAUACCCCAUUGAUGAGUGUGGCGAUACAUUCCGAACAUCAAAAGACAUUUUUAACAAAUGGUUUGGAUAUUUUGGAGAAGAAAAUGUAGUCAUUAGUCCUUGCCCACCGCGAAAACAAGACUGCACAUAGAUUCGCUAUUGAAAAAAUUGUCGAUCACCUAAGCUUGUCUCAAAAGAGCAAUAAACACAUCAUGAAAACAUUCAUGUAUCUACAUAUAUUUACAAAGAAAAAAAUACAAAGCUUACAAUCCUACUUAAAAA